UUUUUUUCUAAUUUAACUCAUUAUUGCUAAGAGAUGAUUUGAGUAAUUAUUUUUAGUUCAAAUAAAUGUUCUAUAUUAUUCUUAAGAAUACAAAAGGGCUGCUAUGUGUUAUGGUCUCCGUAAAGACAGGUCAAGUCAUUCAACAUAGCAUCAGCACUAAAAACUAAAUACAAAGAUAAGUUUAUAAUAAUGCACUGUAAAUUGAAUUCAUGCCAUGAAAGUGUAUGUUUUCUUCAAAUUUGUUUCACAUGAACUAAGAAGAUGUGCUCUAGAUGUUACCCCGUUGCUGUGUUGUGCUAUACAGCGCUCUGGGUCGGUGUUCGAGGACUUAUCAACGACUCACAAGCCAUUCAAGACUUUCUGACAGACUACAACAGAAAAGCUGCAGAAGUCAUGUAUGAAUAUGCCGAAGCAAGCUGGACAUUCAAUACCAACAUAACAGAUUAUAACCAGAAAAUGAUGUUAGAUCUGCAAUUAAAGGCCGACAAAUUUUCCCAAGACGCAUCACGCAACGCUUCCCAAUAUAACUUGACAGUUAUGAGUCAGUCUGACAGACGCCAGUUUAUUAAAAUUAUGGACAUCGGAACAGCGGCACAAACCAAUGAAACCAAAAUGAUUCGAUUAAAUAAAAUCACGAGUGACAUGGAGUCCAUCUACAGUACAGCCACUGUGUGUCUCAACAAAACCAACUGCGUGCCGCUAGAUCCAGAUCUGACGAAACUGUUUUCCGAAUCACGGAAUUAUGAUGACCUUCUAACGGCUUGGAAAGGUUGGAGAGACGCAUCAGGUCGGAAGAUGAAAGAUUUGUUCGCAGAGUAUGUCACCUUGAGCAAUGAAGCUGUCAAGAUACUUCACUACGCUGACACGGGUGCCUACUGGAGGUCCUGGUAUGACACCCCAACAUUUGAAGACGAUGUCCGAGCUUUGUUUGACCAGUUACGUCCACUAUACGAACAGCUUCAUGCAUACGCUCGUCGAAAGCUUAAGUCUAUGUAUGGAGCAGACAAGUUUCCAUCAUCUGGUCACAUCCCAGCUCACUUACUUGGUAAUAUGUGGGCUCAGCAAUGGGACGGCCUUAUAGAAGAACUAACUCCAUUCCCUAAUAAAGCAUCCUUUGAUGUUACAGAUGAAAUGGUCAAGCAGAACUACACAGCUUUGAAAAUAUUCCAAACUGCUGACCAUUUUUUCCAAUCUCUUGGAAUGAUACCGAUGCCUCCGGAAUUCUGGAACAAAUCGAUGCUGGAGAAACCAACUGACGGAAGAGACGUUGUUUGCCAUGCUUCAGCCUGGGACUUUUACAAUGGCAAAGAUUUCAGAAUAAAACAAUGUACUGUGGUCAACACUCAAGAUUUAGAAACGGCUCACCAUGAAAUGGGACAUAUCCAAUACUAUCUUCAGUAUGCGAGUCAGCCAAUUCCGUUCAGAGAUGGGGCCAACCCUGGCUUUCACGAGGCAGUAGGUGACGUAAUGUCUCUGUCUGUACAGACACCUGAACACAUGCACACCAUCGGUCUCCUCGAGACACUCACUGAUGACUCAGAGACAGACCUCAAUUACUUAAUGAGUAUGGCACUUCAAAAAAUAGCCUUCAUUCCUUUUGGCUUUCUGAUUGAUCAGUGGCGCUGGAAGGUGUUUCGAGGGGAAACAACUCCAGAUAAAUACAAUGAAGAGUGGUGGAACCUGAGAUGUCGUUACCAAGGUGUCUCCCCACCUGUAGAGAGGACGUCUGCAGACUUUGACCCGGGAGCCAAAUUUCACAUUCCAGCUAAUGUUCCUUAUAUACGGUAUUUUGUAAGUUUCGUUAUUCAGUUCCAAUUCCAUAAGGCUCUGUGUAACCUCACUGGCCAUCAAGGACCUCUACACAGAUGUGAUAUUUAUAACAACAAGGAAGCUGGUAAAAAGCUUAGUGAUAUGUUAAAACUUGGAUCUUCCAAACCUUGGACUGAAGCCAUGUAUCUUUUGACUGGUCAGUACAAAAUGGACGCACAGCCGCUAAUGGACUACUUUAAACCUCUUCUGGAUUAUCUUCGUGUUCAAAAUGAAAAUGAUUACGGCUGGCACCCCAAUUGCCCUACGUUUGCCCCCACCCCGACACCAAAGCCAAGCACUUGUAAUAACAAUGUAAAUAUUCUACGAGCCUCAACAUUGUUACUUACUUUGUUUUGUUUUCUUAUAUUUUUGUAAGAGUGUGACUUUAUAUAUAAAAGUUUUGUUAUUUUUUUGGCUUUGUACUUGUUUUAAUAUCUAAAACAUUUUUUUUUAACUUUCAUGAAUAGGAUAAGUGGAAUUUAUUUAUUUUUUUUUUUUACUCUUAAUAACUGACAUUUUUCUGGGUGGAAAGACAUGCUUCAAUUUGAUUCCCAUUUCUGUAAUUCAUCUAAUUCUCUUUGUAAAAUGUCGGUGUCUUGUGUUGUUUUUAUUGUUCUAUACAUUAUGCAAUCGUUUGUAAGUAAUCUGAAUUUGUUCCUAAACUAAUGCAAUUAGGUAAAUCAUUCCUUUACUCUCUGUGGAUUUAACAUCGAGAUAGCUAGAUUUUCACACACACACAAAUCACUUUAUCCUGAUCCUUGUUGACUCUUUGAUGUUUAAACUCCGGUGUAUGUUCAUCAAGCAAUAGAAAUGCAAUAAGAAAGAAAAAAGAUAUAAAAAUAUGACUAAAUGUGGGAGUAAUAUAAUGGAACCUAACAAAAAAAAGAGGAACAUGAAAAUAUUGGUAGACAUUUUGAAAUAUAGUAAAAAUGAAUAAUGUCAAGAGUGCCUUAUUGAAAAGUUACUAAAAAAUGAUAAUUACUUUGUCCUGCAAGGGAGAUAAAUUAGAAAUCACAUUCUACAGUGCCGAUGAGCACACAAAGAUCAUGAUAUGGUUUUAAAUUACUUCCCUUGAUACACCAAAAAGCUUGCUAUUGAUCAUUUAUAGAUGAGCCUCCUUGUUUGGACAUCUCCAGUGGGUGAGAACUGUUAUAGCACAGAGUGUGAUUGUAAAAUACGACUGCAGUUGAUAGGGGGGAAAGGAUUUAAAAUAGCAUAAAAUUUUAGGAUUAUAUACCUACGUCUUAUUAGAUAAUGAAAGAUAAUAAACGAAUUAAUUUUUUGUUUAAUGUAAUGUUCAAAAAUCAAUUGGCUUUCAAAUUAUUAAAUACUCUCGUUGGAUCGUAUUUAGACUCAUAAAGAUUAUAUGUCUUAUGAGAGAUAAUUAGAUCUUACCUAGCGGGCAUAGCCAAUACGUAAAUAUGGUUUCUAUUUACAUGUAUAGUAAUGCAGUGGCGUAGCUAGAGUAUAUGAUGCCUGGUGCGGGACCUCAUCUUGAUGGCCCCCCCCCCCCCACCAAAAAAAAAAAAGCUAACUAAAUAAUAACAUUGUAAAACCUUACUUUUUUUUGUUGAAAAUAAUAUGUAUUCAUUAAUCAAAUAUUUUUAAUUCAAAAAAAUCACUUUUACAUAAACAUACUACAAGUGAAUUUUACGAGCUUUCUUGCUGGCAAAAGUAUCAAUAAUUUUAUCUAAAUCAAUUUUUUUUCCACCAGCUCUUGUUCAAUGAACAAAAUGGCUAAAUUAGUGAGUCGUAAAUUUGUCAUCGUUGAUCGGAAGUAAUUCUUGAUCAGUUUCAGUUUGGAAAAACUUCUCUCGCAUAAAGCGACGUUUACAGCAAUAGUCAAAAAUAUGUGAAUCUUGAGGACUUCUUCUUCUUCUUCAUCGUUCUCAUUGUUAUGUUGGAGUGUUCAUAUGACUAGACCAAUACAUGAGAUGAACUGCGCAGUGGUUUCCAAAUCAGGGAGCUCUCCAUAUAGUUUUCUUUCUAUUGGGGUGAUUUGGGGCCAAUGUCUUAUACGGGCCUCUUGGUAGAGAGAGCAGUUUUGGAGGACGUGGUCGGCAUUUUCUGGUGAUACUCCACAUGGGCAGAUUUCACUGGUUCCAAUUUUGAGCUUCCGGAACAUGUGUUGUCGCAUUCUGUUGUGUCCGGUCCUGAGUCGAAAGAUUAGACGUUGGUCUUGUCCGGAUAGCUUAUAGUAAGCGUCAUCUUUCUUGUGAUUUGGAUGAGAGCUCGUCCAUUUCUCAUUUAUUUUAUCUACAAUUAAUUUCUUCAUUUCUUCUGGAUAGAGUGCAGAGUUUACUUGUGAGUUUGUUCUCCCACUCUUGGCGAGUGUGUCAGCCUUCUCAUUUCCUGCUAGUUGUAUGUGAGCUGGUAUCCAUUGAAUAACAGUUGUUUUUUUUUCAUGAAGACGAUAUUCGGGUCUGAAUCAUCUAGCUGAUAUUUAUUUAUAAAUUUCAAGAGCUCAACAGGUCCUUGUUUUGGAAGUUCGAAGGCUUCUGAUGAAACUAACAAACCGUUGAAGCCUCUUUCGCUCCAGCAGAAAUUCGUUUUUAUCAAUCGAGAUUGAGUUCGACCUGAGGAUUUAAUAGCUGGGAAAGCGACAAAAAUUCAUACCUAUCUGCUACAUCAUGAAGUUGCUCGAAUCGAAUGAUUAUUUCUUGAACAAUCCUGUCCAAGGUAGAAUAAAUUUCCCUUCGUCACUUUUCUAACCAGGCAUCUUUUUCUUAUGGCCAAUACGUUUUUGAGGUUCUCUCGAUUACUACUUAAAAAUGUCUCUAAUGUUUUUAGUUUGAGUGAGCAGUCUCGAAUAGACAAUCCUUGUUUUUGAAAGUAGACUUGCGCAUUAAUUUUAGUUAAAACAGGAGCCCAAAAUCCAAGAUAGGUGAGGAAACUAAAAGACUGAAUAGCAACCAAUAAUCCACCUGCUUCAGAUCUAGUCGAUGAAUUUUCAUCUCUGCUAGAUAUUGUCUCCAGAGUUUCUAUAAUUUUAGAAAAUGUAUUCCUAACCAUCUUGACGGCUUCUCCUCUGGCGCUCCAGCGGGUCAAAACUAAACGUUUAAGGCUAGUUCCUGUUAUAUUGAUGAGGAUAUCCCAGCGGUGUGUUGAAGUUGGGAAAAAGUGUACCAAAAAAUGUUACCGAAUUGACUUCAGCUUCAGCAGCUCGAAUUCCUGCUAAAUUAAGAGAAUGGUUUAAGCAGGCGAUGAAUAGUGCUUUGGGAUUUACUUCUAUAAUACGUUUUUGGACACCGUAGUUUUGACCUUUCAAGACCGCAGCAUUAUCAUAGCCUUGACCCCUGCAGUCCAUUAUGUCUAAGCCAUUCGAACGCAGUUUCUCUAGAAUCAUCUUAGCGAUUCCAGCAGCAUGCUUGUCCUUUGUGUCGAUGAAAUCAAUAAAAGACUCACGAACCUGCACCCCGUCAUUAUCCAUGACAAAGUACCGUAAAAUUUGGAAAGUUUGAUCCAACUUUGAGAUGUCAGGUGUACUGUCAAAAAUCAUAUAUAAAUAUUUGGCUUGUUUUACUGCUGUAUGAUUUGAAUUUUUAACGUGAUCCCCCAAUAUUGUAAUAAAUUUAUUUUGUAUUUGUGGAGACAAGAAUGUAUUCGGUCUGGAACAAAGCUUAGUUCGAAGCACAUGCUCCCUCAAGAGUGGAUCGUAUUUUGAUAGUAAUUUUACUAACUCCAAGUCACUCUUUGAUCCAUGCCGUCAGCCAAUUCAAUCAGAGAUGCCGAUUUCUCCGUCUGAGCUUAAAAUGGUUUUGAGGCGCUAGCCAGACGAGUCUGUCUUGAGCACUGUUCAUCAUGUUGCUUACUUUACAGUAUUACAAUUAACUAGUUAGUUUAAAAAAAUCGUAGAAAACAAAGGUUAGCUUAUUUAAAAAUAUUGACAUUACAAUAGAAUUAUUUCAAAAAUUAAACUAUAAAGAAUCAUAAAGAAAUGAAUAAACUAAGACAAUUGUUUAGAGCUAGAGUUUAGUAAUAUAUUUGUAAACUAUAUCUAGAUUAAACCAAUGGACUAAACAAUGAAGUAAAAAAGGUUGGCCUAUCUUCCUCUUCUUCUUUAUAUUACAGAGCAUUGAUCAGUGUAGUAACAACAUGUACCGUGUGUCCGAAAUAAAUGUAGUAAAUUAGAUUCAAACUGUUCUAAAGCUUACAUUGUAUUGAAGAAAUAGUCAAGGAGAUGAAACAAAAUAGCGACAUGACUAGUUUAUAAAUCGUUAGUUCAUGUUUAAAAUACAGUAGUUUAUGUUUGUUCGUGUCCAUACAAUUAUUCGCUUUUACUGAAAAGCUCAGGGAAAUAGGAAAUUAAUACACACUGGGGGAAUUUUGGUGCCCCUCUCCACUUGGUGCCCUGUGCGGCCCGCACCACCGGCACAUUGGUAGCUACGCCACUGUAGCAAUGUGCUUAUAAAGUAGGGCAAUAACAUAUGCAUAUUGUUAUUUCUAAAGUUGGAACCUUUUCUUU